AUGAUGUUCACGGCCGCCGUUGUCGUCCUCAUCAAUUUUGUUUCGUGCAUAUCGGAGGAACCUCCAUGGGAGGUGAUGCCGCCAGAUCAUCCGUCAUUUCAGCACCUUACGUUUCUGGAGGUUCUGCAUGUGGAGCAGGGGUCGGAGAGGAGGGUGGAGCCAAAGACAGACACGAUUUUGCGGCGGAUGCCCAGCCUGGCAAACCUGGCUGUCCAGGGCCCUCAUAUAAUUCUUCAGGCUUUGAUGGGUUUCGAGCUGCCGGACGCGUUAAAAAGCAAGUACGAAGAUGACGCGACCUUGGGUAGCGGCACCUUUGGCGUUACUUUCCUGGCCACCAGGAAAGCCGACAACCAGAAGGUGGCUGUAAAGGUCUUCAAGGAUGAAAAAAACCUUUGGGCGACGCCGGCAACGUGCAAAUCAGCGCAGUGCAAGGGCAUGGUGGCUUCAAGUGCUUUGGAAUGUUUGGACACCCAGGGCAUCCAUGAGGCCGAUAAUUUGGACACGGAGGCAUCCGAUCACGUGGUCAAGUGCCUCUACGAUGGCAUCACAGGCCAAACUGUUCAGAGUCAACCAUAUUACAUCGAAAUGAGCUAUGCUGGCCGCGACGAUGUGGACAAAUGGUGGGGGAAGAAGCUGAAGCAGAACCUCGAUGAUGCCCUCUAUGUGCAACAUUUGAAGUCUGUGUCCAAGGGCGUCUACCUCGGCCUCCGGUUCAUGGCUGAGAGCAAGACCGCCAACAAGUGGGUUCAUAUGGACCUGAAACCUCAGAAUAUGGUGAUCAAUGAGGACACCGGUGAAACGGUCAUCGUCGAUAUGGGCACCGUGCGUUGCAAGGGGUCACUGUGCCCGGAAGGGCUCGCUGGCACCACCCCAGUCUUCCGACCCCCCGAGGUUUCGCACCUCUCUUUAUUUCAGCCAGCAGUGGGCUGGCACGAGCCGGUGUGGUCCUUCGACGUACACUCAGCUGCACUCUCCAUCCUUGGCAUGGCAACGGAUGGGAAUUCCGGGUUAAGGAUGCCAGGUGGAGUCUCCCUCUUCGCAGUACCCGUCCUUCCAUUCUUGCUAACGAACGGAGUUCAGAACUCAAUGGCAAAUUGGGCUACUGUGAAGAAGGUUGUGGACUGUGCAUCUGCCUUGGCCACGCCCCAUACGCAAGAGUUCUUCAAUGCCUUGCUCCAGUGUACGGGUGAUGUCUCCAUCGAGCACUACAAGAAGUUAUUCGAUGAGCGUCUCGAGGCGAUCCGGAAAGCAACGGGCAAUGAGCGAAAGGCAGCAUGGGCGCGUCUCGUGCACUGCCGCACCUCCAAGACGCCCCUCACCACCCUCUACACCCUUCCCGACCUGAAGGCAACGCAAGUGCCGAAGUUCUUCUGGACCCUGGUGGAUGACUGGAUGACGACAGGCUUCGACGAGGUACUUUUGAAGGCCUUGAGCACCGAGCCAACUGAGCGCCCCGAGCCCAGCAAGAUCCUGGAAGCGCAGUGGUUCAAUGCAGAUGCGCCGAAGGUCUCGGGCACAUCGGUGGAGUUCACUUGCCCAGACUUCGCAGCUUCCCAAGCCUACUAUCAAAUGUGUGCGGGCUGCGUUACUGCCAUCUUAAGCAUUGUGAGCUGCUGUGUCUGCUGCGGUGGAACUUGUGGCACGUGCUGUUGCCAAAUUCCUGCUUGGAAGUGGGCCAGUGUUUGGGGAGGCAUCUUGGUCGUGGCCUCCCCUUUCUCUGCAUUCUUCUUGAUGGAGGGCAUCGUCCUUUUCUGCUUGUUCUUGCUUCUCAUGGUACCCCUCGGCCUAGCGAUGAUAUGCCUGCAAUUUGCAGGGGAGGGCUCAAGAAGGGAGGAAAAGAAGGUAAAGCUCGGCAUUAUCGGACUGAGCGCGGUGGCUGCGCUCGCUUGCAGCCUGUGCCUGUUCAAUCCUGCGACAGCAGUGAACUUCAUUCCUCCGGAUUUGAAGUCCAGUACUAAUGUACCGGUUGGUGGGAGAUUGUGGAUCUGGGCAAUCCUGGCAUCUUCGCUCCUCGCGCAAGCCCGAAUGGCGUGUCUCUAUGGGGUGAUUGCCGGUAUCAGCGUGAUGAUGCGCUCUGACUCUGAUGCCCGAGAUGUCUCAACAGGAUCUACGGUGGAGCUUGGGGCCGUCUGA